CAUAAAUAAGAACAAGGCCUGGAAAUCUAAUCAUUACUAUAAAUACCCAAAUUAGGGUUUUCACAUUUCCAUACGCAGCAGCUUCCAGGGUUUCAUCGCAAUCAAUUCUCCAACGCCGAUUCAUCAUUUUUCUUCUUAGGAACCAGCUUCAAGAUGGAAUCACAGAUUAAGCAUGCUGUGGUUGUGAAAGUUAUGGGUCGUACGGGAUCCAGAGGACAAGUCACUCAGGUUAGAGUGAAGUUUUUGGACGAUCAGAACCGUCACAUCAUGAGGAAUGUCAAGGGACCAGUUAGGGAGGGAGACAUCCUUACCCUCCUUGAGUCCGAGAGAGAAGCAAGAAGACUCCGAUAGAAGCGUAACUAUCUCAAUGUUUUGGCGCACAAUUCAAUGAAGAAGUGCUGGAUCUGUAAUAGUUAGCUCUGAAAAUCUUUAUGUUGAACUAGUGUUUUGUUUUGCUUGCUGAGUUUUUUUAUUAAAAUUGUGUUGAGACUUUAUUAUGUUCAUGUUUAUUUGCUGAGUUGAGACUUAGUAAUUUGCUAUAAUUAAUGAAAGGCUUAUGAUUAUGAUUAA